GCUCCCAUUCACUUACCAAUUUGACAAACAUCGAAUCUAAGCAUUACCCUGUCUCGUCACUGCAGCUGAAUAGAUAUAGUCUGGGGAGGAACAACUCACCCUCAUCGACCAUGGCUGCCACUUCCUCUGUUGCCAAUUUUGCCAGGAGGCUAGAGGGCAAGGUAGCCUUGAUAACGGGAGGAGCAAGCGGGAUCGGCGAGAGCACGGCCAGGCUCUUCGCCAAGCACGGCGCCAAAGUCGUAAUCGCCGAUGUCCAAGACGACCUCGGCCACUCCCUCGCUAAAACCAUCCAAUCCGACUCAACCUACGUCCACUGCAACGUGGCAAACGAGGCGGACGUCCAAAACGCAGUAGACACCGCCGUUUCGAUGCACGGCCAGCUGGACAUCAUGUACAACAACGCCGGCAUCACGGGGACCUACAACACGGCCAUCUCGUCGCUGACCCGCGACGACUACAACAAGGUGUUCGACGUCAACGUGUACGGAGCCAUGCUGGGCGCCAAGCACGCGGCGCGUGUGAUGGCCCCGCGGAAACGAGGUUGCAUCCUGUUCACGUCCAGCGUGGCGUCGGUUAGCUUUGGGGAGGUGCCGCACCCGUACUCGGCGUCGAAGUCGGCGGUGGUGGGGCUGGCGAAGAAUCUGUGCGUGGAGUUGGGGAGGCACGGGAUAAGGGUGAACAGUAUCUCCCCCGGCGCGAUCCCGACGCCGAUGUCGGUGAGGGCGACGGGGCUUGGCGAGUUGAGGAAGGUGCAGGAGGCGGUGGCCGCGGUGGCGAACUUGAAAGGGGUGAUGGUGGAUACGGAUGACGUGGCGCAUGCGGCUUUGUAUUUGGGGAGUGACGAAGCGAGGUAUGUCAGUGGGCUGAAUAUUGUAGUUGAUGGUGGGCUUUGCUUGAACAGUCUUAUCUUGGGCCAGCAGGCACAGGACUAAAAUCACAUUUAGUCGAUAGAGGAAUUAUUAAAAUAAGAAGAGGGAAGAGAAGAGGAAAAAUAUUAUUAUUAUAAUAAGAAGGGAGUAUAGCAUCAAAAUAAUUUCUCCAAGUCAAUAUAUAAUGGGAGAGGACAAGUAAUAGUUCAUUCACCAACGGGAACUAGUACAUGUAAGCAAGGAUAAUAACGAAAUAUUGUUACU